AAACUAACUCCAAACUCCAUCGUCACCAUUUCAUCAGUGUCCCGUUUUCACUGCUUCACAUCUAUCAGACAGCAGGUUCCGUCUCUCUCAAAUUUGUGCCAAUGAGACGUCAGGCCUAGCUUAUCCAGCAUAUAAUUUGUACCGAAUUCGGUCGAAAUGCCUCCGCACGACCUAGGAGGUCCUAUUGGAGGAAACGUUCCGUCUUCCGGUGCACCGCAUGAGCCUAAACACCCGAUAUACAACAUAGUUCCCACUGAUCCCGAUCACUGGCCACCCGCGAAAGAUGGCCAUCCGAACCCUCUGGCUCCCGAGGUGCGAGCUGCGGUGGGGGCCCUUCGAGCGGUCGGUGCGAGCUUGGGAUGGCCAGACGACCGAGGCAAUCCGCCGACAGACGUCUUGGACUGCCUUCAGAAUGUCUUCAGCUUCCAGUCUGGCAGCGUCACCAACCAGAGAGAGCAUCUGGUUCUCCUGUUGGCCAACAACCAGAUGCGGAUUCGACCGUUGGACCCCCGUGAAGCGGAGCCUCGGCUGGACCCAAACGUGAUCACGCUGGUGUGCGACCAGCUGCUGAGCAACUACAAGUCCUGGUGCAAAUACGUGGGCAAGAAGGCCAACAUCAUUGAUGACUCUGCUCUAGUUGGUCGCAAGAGGACCCCUCCCCCUACAGGCAGCACCGACAUAGUCUACUGCUCCCUCUUCCUGCUCAUAUGGGGCGAGGCAGCCAACGUCCGCUUUCUUCCAGAGUGCAUCUGCUACAUCUUCCACCAUCUCGCCACAGAGGCCAACGAGCUCAUGAGCCAGUCCGCCAGGUCUCUCGCAUGCGACCGCAGCAUUCCCAGCCAGCCGUACGGGUUCCUGGAUACUGUCGUACAGCCGCUCUAUGAUGCCAUCAAAGGGGAAGCGGACAGCAAUGUGGGCGGCAAGCUGCCGCACGCGCGGUGGCGCAACUACGACGACUUUAACGAGUUCUUCUGGUCGCCGCGCUGCUUCGACCACCUCUCCUGGCCGCCCAACCGAUCUGCCGUCUUCUUCAUCCCGCCGAACAAGACGGGCCACGAGGGUGGCAAGAUGGGCUUUGUGGAGCAGCGCACCAUGCUCAACAUGUUCCGCAGCUUCGACCGCGUCUGGAUCCUCCUCAUCUUCGCCUUCCAGCUCAUGUUAAUCACGGCAUGGAAGGCGGAGGGCAACAACCCGUUCACAUACCUGGCGAACAACAAGGACGCUGUGGCUCUGCUGCUCACCUGCUUCAUCACAUGGGCUGGCAUCGACCUCAUGCUUGCCCUAUCGGACAUGGUGCUGCAGUGGCGGCUCAUCCGCCCCUCCAACAUGCGCUUCAACGUCCGCCUGCUGCUGCGCCUCCUCGUUGCCAUCGCCUGGUGCAUCGCCUUCACCACGCUCUACCUCAUGAUGUGGAAUGCGCGCAAGGCAGCCACGUAUUGGUCCCCUGCGGCCAACACGGCGCUGUACACCUACCUCAUAGCAGCCCUUGUCUUCAUGACCCCGCAUCUGCUCGGCCUCCUCCUCUUCCUCACUCCCGAGCUCAGCCGCCGCGUCGAGGCCUCCAGCUCCUCCUUCAUCCGCAUGCUGGUCACAUGCCUCGAGGAUGACAACUUUGUGGGCAGGGGAAUGCGUGAAGACACAUGGGACUCCAUCAAGUACUCUACCUUCUGGCUCCUCCUCCUCGCAGGGAAAUUCGCCUUUAGCUACUUCCUCCUGAUCCGGCCUCUGGUGGAGCCCACCAAGGCGCUGCUCAACACAACUAUCCACUACACGUGGCCGGAGCUCUACAAGUCAGGCAACUACUUCGCUGUCUUCUGGCUCUGGGCACCAGUUGGUGUGAUCUACAUCAUGGAUCUGCAGAUAUUCUACGCCAUCUUCUCAUCUGUUGUCGGCUAUAUCAUGGGCGUCUUUGCUCAUAUCGGAGAGGUGAGCCACGUGAAGCUGCUCACGCUGCGCUUCCGCUUUCUCCCCCGAGCCAUGCACCUCAACCUGCUGCCGCCCUCUGCCAACGCUCACCGCCGCAGCGGCAUGCGCAGCGCCAUGGCGCGCAUGUGGAACCGAAUGGCCAUGACGUACGGGCUCGUCUCGCCCGACACAUGGGAGACGGACGAGAGGUGGGUGGUGCUGUGGAACAGCGUGAUCGAGAGCUUCAGAGAGGAGGACCUCCUGGCAGACAGCGAGCUCAACCUUCUCUCCAUCCCGGAGGCCUACACCACUGCCACUAUCUCUCGCUGGCCCAUUGUGCUUCUGGCAGAUCAGGUGGUGAAGGCCACUACCAUCGCUGGCAGGUGGAAGGGGUCGUCUUCCUCCCUGUGGCGCCGCCUCUGCUCGUCCGAAUUCUGCCGCUGUGCCGUGCUGGAGACGUUCGCCCUCUUCCGCCUGCUGCUCGACCACCUCAUCGUCGCCGGCACACCCGAGCACCGCAUGAUGCAGCAGCUGCUGGCGGAGAUCGACGGCGCUGCCAGCGGGGCGGCAGGGGAGGCGCACACUGAUAGGGAUUUCGUGGACGAUUUCCAUCUGGAGAAGCUGCCAGCCGUGCAGGCGAAGCUGGUAGCUCUCACCACGUUUCUGCUGAAAGGGCCCACCGAGAAUGACCUUCCCAAGGCGAUCAUGUUGGUGCAGAAUCUUCACGAAGUAGCCGUGCGUGACUUCUGGAGCGCCAGCAACUACUCUCUCCUGCUGGCCAAGGGCGUCAUCCCACGCUCCUCCUCCUCCGCCUCGCCGCUCUACGUGGGCGCCAUCCGCCUGCCUGACCCCUCCGACCUCGCCUUCUUCGCACCACUGCAGCGCCUGCACUCGCUGCUCACGUGCCAGAACGCCAUGGCCACCAUCCCGGCGAACCCCGAGGCGAGGAGGCGGGUGACCUUCUUCUGCAACUCACUGUUCAUGGCCAUGCCGCCCGCACCCACGGUGCAGCGCAUGCGGUCCUUCUGUGUGAUGACGCCGUACUAUAAUGAGUCCGUCAUGUAUUCGCCUGAGGAGAUUAGACGGCCCAAUGAAGACGGCAUCUCGCUGCUCUUCUACCUGCAGAACAUCUUCCCAGACGAGUGGAAGAACCUGGAGGAGCGGCUGGGGGUGCGCGGCAGGGAGGUGUGGGAGUUUGACGACGGGGCUGAGGUGUGCCGUUGGGCAUCCUACCGCGGCCAGACCCUCGCUCGCACCGUGCGCGGCAUCAUGUACUACCACAGGGCUCUCGACCUGCUCUCCUACUUUGACACGGACCCAGACGCCCCCCCCGCCCAAGGCCAGGAGCUUCGCCCCAAGCCCCACGCCGCCCCUGCCCCUCCUGCUGAGGAGGCAUCCGCUGCUGCCGCUGCGGCUGCUGCCGUCGCCUCUGCGUUUGGCUCCAGCGGCAGGAUGUCAGGCGGUGCAAGCUGGGAAUCCCAGGCGUCGAUCGAGCAGAUGAAGGAGCAGAUCUCCCAGCACCUGGGGCAGCAGCAGGAGUACGACCCGCAGUUCCCCCUGGCAGACGUCAAGUUCACGUACGUCGUCGCGUGCCAGAUCUACGGGGAGCACAAGCGGAAAAACGACCCGAAAGCGCGGCACGUUUUGGAGCUCAUGCAGGAGAAUCCGGCACUCAGAAUCGCCUAUGUGGACGAGCAGCCGCCCGCGCCGGGAUCGGGUGGUGGGACUAGAUACUACUCGGUCCUGGUGAAGUGGGACCACUGGAAUCAGCGGGAGGUGGAGAUCUUUCGCGUGCGGUUACCGGGCCCGAUCAAGGUCGGGGAGGGCAAGCCGGAGAACCAGAACCAUGCCAUCAUCUUCACGCGGGGGGACGCGCUGCAGACGAUUGACAUGAACCAGGACAGCUAUCUGGAGGAGGCGCUGAAGAUAAGGAACUUCUUGGAGGAGUUUUCGGAGCCGAGGAGGCGGAUUCUGGGGAUGCGGGAGCAUGUGUUCACGGGGAGUGUGUCGUCGCUGGCGGCGUUUAUGUCGGCGCAGGAGACGGCGUUUGUCACCAUCGGCCAACGCGUGCUCUACAACCCGCUCAAGGUGCGCAUGCACUAUGGCCAUCCGGACGUUUUUGACCGCGUGUGGUCGCUGGCGCGGGGAGGCAUUAGCAAGGCGUCGCGGGUGAUCAACAUCAGCGAGGACAUCUUCGCAGGGUUCAACACCACGCUCAGACGAGGGGCCAUCUCGCACCACGAGUACAUGCAGGUGGGCAAGGGCAGGGACGUGGGGCUGAACCAGAUCUCUCUCUUCGAGGCCAAGGUGGCGAGUGGCAACGGCGAGCAGCUGCUGUCGCGCGACGUGUACCGCCUGGGCCACGGGCUGGACAUCUUCCGCCUGCUGUCCUUCUACACCACGUCCAUCGGCUUCUUCUUCAGCACUGCUUUAACUGCCAUGGCUGUCUACGCCUUCCUCUGGGGGAGGUGCUACCUGGUGCUGUCUGGCGUGGAGGCCACGAUCGCUUCCUCGGACAGCCAGGCGCUUUCUGCUGCCAUCAACCAGCAGUUUCUUGUGCAGAUCGGGCUGUUCACGUCGCUGCCGAUGCUGAUGGAGCUGAUUCUGGAGAAGGGCACGGGGGCAGCCAUCUGGGAGUUCCUCAUCAUGCACGUGCAGCUCUGCUUCGCCUUCUUCACCUUCUCCCUCGGCACCAGAGCGCACUACUUCCUGCGCACACUCAUGCACGGCGGCGCCAAGUACCGAGCCACGGGGCGUGGCUUCGUGGUGAAGCACGAGGCGUUUUCGGAGAACUACCGCCUGUAUUCUCGCAGCCACUUCAACAAGGCGGUGGAGCUGCUGCUGUGCCUCGUGAUCUACAUGCUCUACUCCUCCCUCUCCGCCUCCACCGCCUACUGGCUGCUCUCCCUCUCCGCGUGGAUCCUUGUGCUCUCCUGGCUGCUCGCCCCCUUCGCCUUCAACCCCCUGGGCUUCGACUGGCUCAAGUGCUGCGACGACUGGGAGGAGUGGACAGGGUGGCUGUGGACCAAGGGGGGCAAGGGCGUGACAGAGAAGCAGGCGUGGGUGGUGUGGUGGGACGAGGAGAGGUCGCAUCUGAAGACCACGGGGUGGGGUGGGUGGAUUGUGGAGACGCUGCUGGCGCUGAGAUGGUUCUUCUUCCAGUAUGCGCUCGUGUACCGGCUGGACGUAGCCAACGCAAGCACGAGCAUCAUUGUGUACGUCUUCUCGUGGCUCUUCAUCGCCGCCAUGGGCCUCUUCUGGAUCUCCCUCACGCUCUGCGACCAAUACCUCUCCAUCCGCUCGCACCGCAUGUACCGCGCCGUCAAAGUCACCAUCAGCCUCGUCUUCCUCGCCGCCCUCAUCACUGCCCUUUCCUUCACAAGCCUGUCCAUUUCAGAUGUCUUCUUGCUUCCUCUAGUCUUCCUCCCCACUGGGUGGGGGUUCCUGCAGUUGUCACUCGUGGUGGCUGGAGCAUUCCCAAUGGUCGAGACAUGGUGGACGUGGGGCCUUGUGAAGAGCUUCGCGAGGACGUACGAGUUUAUUAUCGGGGUGAUUGUGUUUUUGCCCAUGGCGGUGCUGUCGUGGCUCCCUGGAGUUCAAGACAUGCAGACGAGAGUGUUGUUCAACCAAGCAUUCAGCCGAGGGCUACAGAUCACACGCCUUGUUAUGGGUGCACAUCCUAAUGCAGGUUAUUAGUACUUCCCAGGCUUGUAAGGAGGUAAUGGAUGGAUUCGAUGUGGUGUAUCUGCUCGCAUCUUGUGGGUAAGGGACAACUAUUGGAGGUGCAUGUAAGAAGAGACUUCAAAAAGUAUUUAGUAUAUCAAAUAGAUCGAAGACAUAAACCGCUUCGUGUAAGCCAUUAAUGCAUUUCUGCGUGUAUUGUAGAAACCUAGAAACCUUAUGAUUGGCUGCCGAGUAC